CGGGUCUCCUCCAGUCCCCGCCGGUUGAGCACCGUCGUCCCCGACCCCGCUCCGUCAUGUGAUCCACACUACCACUCCGUCUUCCGGUCGGUAGUAGAUUUGCCGCCGAGAGCAAGUCUCUGGAACAGAUGGCUAGCAUUUCCCGCUUUUGAUCCCUAACUCCGAGUUUCCCACCCAUUUUGACCUGGUAUCAGCGAUCUUGGGAUAUCGAUCGGUCAAGGGUCUCAGGGGUACGUUAGACCCAGCUACAUACAAGCUUUGUUUUGUUCAGCGCUUCCUUUAUCCUGGGUCAAGAAACGGAAAGACCAAUUUGCUACUUUCCUUUUCUUUGUCCGGUCAGGGGGUUCUCAGGGAUCUGCUGGAAACACACACACGACUUGUUGAGGGAGUGCUUAGGACAAGAUGCUCUCAGGAAGAUUGCUCGACGGGUUCGCCCUACUGAAGCUGCAGUCGACCAUGGCGGACGGAGGUCUUCUCAAUGCCACCCUUGGCUUAUUGGCCAUCGCGGUGACGGUGAUUGCAGCCGACUAUUCGUGGAUGCUCUACCUGAGAGCCAAGAUGCCCCCAGGCCCCUUUCCGUUACCCAUCAUUGGCAACACAUUCUCGUUACCCGACAAUAAGCCCUGGAUCUAUUUCGAGGAGCUGUCCAGGAAAUACAACACACCACUGAUAACAUUCUGGAUUGGGCGGAACCCGACCGUGUGGAUCAACGAUGCGUGGUGUGCCCACGAGAUCUUUGAGAAGAAAGCCCAGAUCUACGCGUCCCGCCCGCGCAUGGUCGUCUUUGGGGAGUUGGGCAGUGGACAGUCAAAUUUGGUGACGAUGAGGAUUCGCAACCAGACGGAGCGUGAUCACUGGCGUCUCCAUCGCAAGUUGAUGCACAUGGGCGUGGGCGCGCAGACAGUCCGCGGCUACCGGGACAUCCAGAACAACGAGAGCAAGGUCGCUGCCUACGACUUUCUGCGGGAGCCCAAGGAAUACGUCAAGCACUUGGAGCGUUAUGCCACGAGCGUCGUAUCCAUCAUCGGCUUUGGUCGGCGCGUGGCCAGCUACAAUGACCCUAUCAUCACAGAGGUCAUUGCUUUGAUGCAGUUGGCUGCCGAUCUGAACGUGCCUGGAAAGUCAUUUCCUAUGUUGUUGGAAACCUUCCCAUUUCUCGCCAAGUUCCCUCGGUUCAUGCCCUGGUUCAAGGGCCUCGGCACUCGCGGCCAGAAAGGCGGGCAUUACUUUUUCUACACGCUCGCUGAGGAAGCCAUCGACCAAUACGCGCAAAAGCCACCCUCGGAACAAGCCUCGAUGCCCACCCCCUACGUCAAGACGCUCUUCGAGGAGACCAAGAAGUACAACCUCCCCGUCGCCGAGCUCUCCGCGUUAACAGGCAACCUCUUUGGAGCCGGCGCCGACACAUCCUCCAGCACGCUCGUCACCUUCGUCCUCGCCUGCUGCGCCUUCCCCGACGCCAUGAAGAAAGCCCAAGACGAGAUCGACCGCGUCAUCGGCCCCAACCGCUCGCCGCACUGGGACGACGCGCCGAACCUGCCCUACAUCAACGCCUUCGUCAAGGAAGUCCUCCGCUGGCGCAGCGUCGCCAUCAUCGGCGGGCAGCCGCACUCGCCGACCCAAGACGACUCGUACAACGGCUGGCUCAUCCCCGCGGGCACCUGGGUGCAGGGCAACGUCUGGGCUAUCCACCACCACGAGCGUGAGUUCCCGGACCCGGACCGCUUCUAUCCGGACAGGUACCUUGAGGGCAACGACCACCGGCGUCCGUUCCCCGGGGAGAGGGGGUACAUGACGUUUGGUUGGGGCCGGCGCGUGUGCAGCGGGCAGGCGCUGGCGGAGCAGGGGACGUGGGUAACGGUGGCGCGGCUGCUGUGGGGUUUCAAUAUCCGCAAGGCGCGGGAUCCGAAGACGGGGAGGGAGAUUGACGUGGACAUCUUUGCUUUUACGAACGGGCUCAAUAUGCGGCCACAGCCGUUCCCGUGCGAGAUUGUGCCGAGGAGCGAGGAGAUACGCGAGGCGAUUGUGCGCGAGGGAGAGCAGGCACUGCAGGAUCUUAAGAUUCAUGAUGGGGAGAGCAGGUACCGUAUGAGCACCUUCUAUCAGCAGCAGAAGAGGAAGUUGGCUGAGGAGCCCGUGUUGGACGAGCAUGGCAAUGUCAGGGUUGUCAAGGUUAAGGCGGUGUAAGAAGGGCUGAUGGAGCCUGGAAUUCCCGUCUGGAAAGGAAUCGGAUAGGGCAGGAUUCUAGAAGCGUGCAGCAGCUGAAAUCAGCCAAACGUAUCUACCAAGACAGAGGCAUGAUUUCAUGGUCAUCACAAUGCUUGAACGUGCCAAAUAUGUGGGUUUCGUGCACGCCCGACUUGCCACCUUCAAUGUCAUGUACUUUACAAGUAUCACCAAUGUCGUGAAACCCACAAGUGACACUUUGAG